AUGGAGGUGGCAAUAAAGGCGAUGAAUGGUCUAUGGGAGAGGCCAGUACACGGCAGAGCGGCGGUCUAUGCUCUGGGCCCAACGCGAGGAAACAAAUGCCUUUGUGAGCGACGGCCAUUUAAGGGUGACAAAGCUGUAUUAGCCGCUAUUCAGGAGGCCAGUGAUCGCUCACCUGGUCCGCGACAAAUGGCUCUCCAUUCACCCUCGGCAAAUAGUCAUCUCGCCGGCCACCUUCGAUACUGCACUGUCCGGCCGGCCAUUCUGGGGGAGGGAGGAUGAGAACCUCACGUUAGUUUGGGUUUACAUCAGGCGAAACAUAUUACUGACAAGAAGAAGAAUAAUGUGCUGGUGUUGUUACAAAGUCAUGCCUUUUGA